AUGGCUUCCAUUUCUCUGCCACCUCAAUCCCAGACGGCGUAUUCUCAGCAUUUCGAUCUCCCCGACCACGCCAACGCCGAUUCCAGUCGUCGCCUCACCAUGCCGGCUCCCCUCCCCAAUCCACACUUCGUCUUUCCCGCUCGCGAUGUGGAUGAAUCCAAAUCACACUCGGGGCCGUCGGAGCGACCGGCGCUGCCGACAUUCUCAUUUAACUCGGGCUCCGAGCCAUCUUCGCAGCCUGCGGGUCCGCCUGUUCGAUCCAACUCUCGAUCUGGUGGACACCGUCGGCGGCCUAGUGAGUUUGUUGGGGGUGAGCAGUUGGUGACACCGGGCGCAGCCGACGGCGAGAAACGGGAGGGAGCUUCUGCAAACCCCGUCCCACCACCGGGGCCUGGUCCCGGCAGAGGCCCCGGGCGCCGAGGCCAUGCGCAUCGUCGUUCCGCUGCGGUGUCCGGUGUCGAUCUGAACGCCAUCUCUAAGGCGCUGAACACCCCUGCCGAUAAUAAGUCAGGCAAGGAUGACACGGAGGAUAUUUCGAAACCGCUCUCCCAGUCGGCUCCAAGCCUCGGGCGACCGACGCCUCCAAUCUCUCCUCAAUUUCCGCCUGUGCCCACUGCCAUCCACAUCGAACCGGCGCCGAACGACGAUGCCCCUGAUGCCGGUCAAUCCGACUCGACGUCACACAAGCCUUCUGCCAGCAUCACGACAAUCAAGAUUGAGCAGCCAGAGGACCCUGCGCUCCCAGAGGAACCCACUCCGCCGGGACCCAAGUCAAAGCCACGGCCGAAAACUGCCGAUGCGUCUUUGGCCUUUGAUUUCAUUCAAAGCACCGAGGCGGCGGGAGUGCCUGCCAUCAAACGGUCGCACUCCGCGGCAGGGCAUUCGCGCUCUCACAAGAGUUUAUCCACUGGCAACCUCGAUGCUGCUCUCUCGGGCCAUGGAGGUGAUGAUGCGCACUCCACGGAUACCUCUCGCCAUUCGUGUUCGGACGAUGGCUCCGAGUCAUCUUGUGAUCAGGAUGCGGAUGGAUCUACUUCGGCGAAGAAGGAUCCUUCGAAAUCAAAGAAAAAGAAGCGAGUUCGUUCCUGGGCUGGGUCCAUCUUGACACGAGGCAAGAGCAAAAGUAAGCGCUAUCAGUCCAAGGCGGAUUCAGAGGAAGAGCCUAUGCCUUCUCCGCCGCCGCUUACUCGGACUGACUCGGAUGUUGGAUCGGCCGUGGAUGUCGAUUUUGAUAAUGACGACGUCGUGGUCAUCCGGACCCCCACCAACCCAGAUGGCCCGGUCUCAGACGCUGAGACCAUUCAAAAUAAGCCCCCGCUGCCUGCCCCUACUCUGGACACCUCGUGGAAACCGAGAAGCUUUUAUGAGCAGGGCGCAGCACCGGAUACCUUGAGUAGCCCUGUCAUCGACCUCGAUGCGGCUUUGGGCCCGUUCAAUACACCUGAGAUCCGACCCACUCCAGGAGCCCCAAGCAACUUUACAGUCGCAUCUCAGCGGAUGUACAGCGGUGGACGACGGGGUGCAUUCAUUGGUCCUGAGAUGCGGUACCAUCGCCGCACGGAAAGUGCACCCGUGAUGCCUCCCUUUGACCACAGCGCUCUGGGUGGAGUCCGCCUCGGUGGUACUUCUACAGUGGAGGCUCCGGAUGUGUUUUACGAGGAGGAGGAAGAUGCUUUUCUGGCUGCAAAUCAAAGCCCCAGGGAUGAAGGUCCCCCAGCCCAUGGCUCUUCUGUCUUUGUGUCAUCUGACGAGGAAAAUAAAUCCUCCAAAAGCAGCGACACCGCGGACACUCUAACCCGUGCUCCCGAGGAGAGUCACCCUAAGCAAGCGGGUUUGGGAAUCCAAGCUCGUGAUGAAGCAGCCACUCCCACGGCAGGCCUUGAACAACAAGGCGCCGUUGAUCAAGCCGAAAAUGCAGCCUCUCCCUCCACUGGCCCACCUCGCAGCCCUGUGGAGAUUUUGAAGUCGGAGGCAUCCGUGUCCAAGCCUACAGGCCCUCCUAGUCCCGAUAUCUCCCCUCGCUUUUUGACUGUGGAAAAGCGGCCGGCAACAUCACCCAUGGAGCUGCAGCCCAGCAUUCCGCCUUUUUCGUUGUCCGCGGGGGUUUCGCCGUCCGAUUCGUCUUUCCCAUCUCCGGAUAUUCCGCGGUCGACUACGGCGUCCUCCAUGACGGACCGCAACUUCUCGAGCCAUUCUUACCACAACUUGCCCUCGGAUCAUCGCUAUGCCUCAAUUGAGGAUGUACCAUCCUUGACAAGUAGUGCUUCAACCAUGACCAACAACAUGAACCGCUUUUCGGCUUCAUUCUUUCCUCGUGGUCGUAUGUCAACCGACCGAGCGGCGUCUUUUUCCGCUACCGGUUAUCGGCGCAGCAACCCCGCGAAUGCCUCCAAGAGGUCCAGCCUGGCCAGUUUGUCCAAACUGGUCGGUGGUCAACAUUCGGAACGGAGCAAGCUUAACCAAGAGGAGAAGCCCCCUGGGGAUGUGCCCGAGAAGACGAAAAAGAAGGGUCGCCGACUCAGCCGACUCAUGCAUUUUUGGAAACUCAAGGACAAGGAUCGAACGGCUGCGGAGCUGUCUCCGACCACCCAAGAAAGGCCUCAGUCUUAA